AAAUAUAAAUUUGGUGAGUAAGAUAUUUUAUUAACCGGAAAACCUUGUUCUUUCUAAAAAUAUGAUUUACUAGGUAAGUUAUCAAUUAAAAUAACUGUAAUCAAAACCACGUGCUACACAUGAACAGUCUGAUAAUUUAGAACUAAAGAGAUAAGAAGCAUAUUCGGCCUAUUCUAUAAGUAAAUACAAGAUGGGGAAUAACACUGAUCCAGGAGAAUAUAUUGACAAAAUCAAUAUGUCAGACAUUGUAUUGACUCUGACAGGAGCAUCGUUGUCGAUUGUUGGAGCGUUUGUGUUAUUUUUUGCUCAUUAUCUAAGACACAAAAGUGGAAAACCAGUGGACGAAGUUCGACAAUUCUUAAUAUUUCUUACAAUUGCUGAUAUGUUUAAUGCUAUAGGACUUUUAUCGGGAGUAGCGCGUUUUCUAAAUUCUGAGGAUUUUACGGAGGACAAAGUGGCUGCUUGCCAUCGGCAUGAAGAGUUUGGCUGUAUUGUACAAAGUUAUGUGACAGCACUGUUUAGUAUGAGCUCGUUUUUCUGGACAACUAUUAUAGCCUUUCAUUUGUUUUGGACAAACGAGGAUAAUUCUCCCAGCAGUUUCAAAAAGACAAUUUUGUAUCACUUUAUUACCUGGGGAAUCCCUUUUGCUAUAACAACAGCGGCUGUGAGCAAGAACGUGUUGGGAUCAGACCUGUCUGCUGGUUCCGGGGCCUGGUGCUGGAUAUCAGCAUGUUUACCUCACUACGAUAGAACUUUAUGGAUGACCAUUUCAGGGAAAGGAUGGGAAAUUCUAAUGUAUUUCUCUUGUUGUGCGUUUUACUUGUUGAUAAAAUGGCGCAAAAUCCAAAUACGACGACAUCGAACGAAGGUGAAUAUUGGUUUAUCGCCAAGACAAACAGCAGUUCAGUCAGUUGAAGAAACAAAACCUCACGAAGAUCUACGGUUUCUGCUUCUCUGGUUAAUUGAAGUUGCUCUCCGAAUAUUUGGUACAGUACGCUACCUAACUGCAGCAGUAAGGAGACAUACAACCAAAGAAUUAAAGAGUUACAAUUCAGUAGAUCACGUGUUUUUACACUUUCAGAGUUUUGGUGACAGUGCGCAAGCCCUGUGUUCUUGUUUAUUGUUCUGUAUUUUUGACAACGAAAUGCGUAAUUUGUUAAAAGAUAAAUUGUGUUGUAGUCAGAAACGAUCUGAGAAAAGACCAUUGUUAACAAGACAAACGACAACUUGUUAAGACUCAUAAGCAAUUCAAGCCACUCGUGACAAUAUAUAUUUUUGUUUGAAUAAAAAAAUUUGACACAA